UAGCUAUAUUAAUUUAUUACUAGAUUGUGUAUACAACUGAGAACUAACAAACAUAAUCAAUGCAAGUACAAGAUAUCAAACUUCUGCAUUUGUUGCGUCCAUUGAUUAGAUAAGCGGUAGAAAUGAUUUUAGAUAAUCGAAGAUAAGAAUAAACAUUUUUUCGAUUAAAGAAUGUCGUAAUUUCUUAUUAUGUGUAUUGAUAUAGAUACGGCGUCGUUAAGACUCGUCACCUAUCAUAUAUUAAUUUAUGAGUAUUACAAAAUUUUACAAAUUAAAAAUAUCGUAGGACAUUUUAGAUUAAGAUAUUAAAAUAUAGUAUGGCAGUGGCUGAAAAUGAUAGAUGCCGACUAAGCUUUUCUGACAAUGAUACCAGACAACUCGAACACCAAGAAGAGCAUCAGCAACUACAGCAGUUGGCGUCGACAACGGACAGAGGUAGUGGCGGCGGCCGGCCACAGUCGCAGCGUCAUUCGGAAAGUGUCGUCGACCAGACGGACAUGGCCGAAUCUGGUACGAGGGCCACCGACGUCGAUGCGAAAGAAAGCCCCGUCCAUGACGUCUCGGACGUCUCCGUCUCCGCUGUUGCUGCUUAUAAUUCUACUUCUGAUCAAGCGUCCAGCGUCGCUUCAACGUCUCAAGUACAAGUGUCUUCUAUACCUGUUAGUCAAUUGAUUAACGUAUCUGCAUCUGGUACAUUUAACGUGAUUUCUGCUGAAUCAUUACAGCCAUUGCAGCUAUCUGAUUCAGGAGAUUUCAAACCUCUUUUGUGUGUAGAUAAUAGUUGUUUGAAUUGUGAUUCCCGUACACAAGUGGAUAAUGAUACUUGGCGCACAGUAGUUCGAGCAGAGGAUGGAACACUUAAAACAGCACAUAUUGUUAUUAGACAAGAUAGUUCAUCCAACAAUGAUGUUCAUGAUGAUGAUACAAAUCAAAACAUGUCAACUAUUCAUAGAACGACUCCCUGUUAUUCCUACACAGAAGCUGCUAGAUUACCAGUACUACCGAUUCGUUGUAAAACAACAAAUGCUGAGUUACAUAAAAAAAAAUUUGGUUCUGGUUGUCGUGGAAAAUGUAUUAAGUAUGGAAGUCAGUGGUAUACACCUAGUGAAUUUGAAGCCCUUUGUGGUCGAGCAUCUAGUAAAGAUUGGAAAAGAAGUAUAAGGUUUGGUGGUCGAAGUUUACAAACUCUUAUUUAUGAUGGAAUAUUAUUACCACAUGCAAUGAGUUGUACAUGUGCAGCUUGUUGUGAUGAUGAAUCUGCUACUGGCCCUAUCAGACUAUUUACUCCUUAUAAGAGGAUACGUAGUAAAAAGAAUUCUGGUGCUAAUUGUAAUUCAAAAAAAAAAAAACUUGAUGAUGGCACUGGUAUUAGUCUUGAUGAAGAUAGUUGUGAUAGCAGUGUGGGUGUUUCAUUAGAUAAUGGUGAUGUAGAUAAAGAUGAAGAACAUUCUAGUAUGCUUAUUCAAUCUACAGAUAUUUCUCAAUUAGAAGUAAUUCAACAAAAUGAUUCUACAGAAGAAGUAUUUAAAAAAUUAGAAAGUAUGUCUUCAAAAAUGACAAAAUUAGUAAAUCAUUUUCACAACUCUAUUAGAGUUGCUAAGUAUAAGUGGAAUACAGAAAAACAACAACUUUUAUCUGAACUUAAGAGAGCAAAAGAAAAUAAUGUUGACAACAGGAAUGAUUAUGAUGUGGAAACAAUUUCUAGUGUUACAGCAGGUUUACAGCCCAGCAGUGAUGAUUUACCUGAUGUUAAAAAAUGUGCCAAUUGUAAUAGAGAUGCGUUUGCUGAAUGUUCCCUUUGCCGACGCACACCUUACUGUUCUACAUUUUGUCAGAGCAAAGAUUGGAACAAUCACCAAGUAGAAUGUGACAAUUCACAAGGAAGUAUAAUGCUAAUUGUACAAACUCAGGAAUGAAAGACUUGACAUUUACUUGUUGGGCUUUAAUUUGUUUUCUUAAUUUAUGAUUGUUUAUUUUUAAUAGCAAUAUUUAUUAAGUGAUUUUGACACUGUUCUCAUAUUAUGUAACAAUAAAGUGGUUUAAAUAAAUUAUAUAUUAAGCUCUGCAA